UAUCUCGCCGCCAGCCUCUGCUAUCCUUCCCCGCUCCCCGCCUUGGUGGCCACCUCUCCUGGCACCUGGCCCACCUCAUACGCGCCAGGCUGAUGUGUGCUACGAGUGCCGCCCCGGGGCUGUACGCUGGGGAGACCGCGAUGACAGAGUGCUGUGAGUCCGGGCAUCGCGCAGCGUGACACUGGAUCCAGCGGUCACUCGGCCAGCAGUGACCGGGAGCCCAUAAGAGUUAUGAAGACAGUAUGGAUUUCCCAGAACAUAGCAGACAUUUGCUACAGUGCUUGAGCGAGCAGAGGCAUCAAGGAUUUCUAUGUGAUUGUACCGUUCUUGUAGGAGAUGCCCAUUUCCGAGCUCACAGAGCUGUGUUGGCUUCAUGCAGCAUGUAUUUCCACCUCUUUUACAAGGAUCAGCUAGACAAAAGAGACAUUGUUCAUUUGAACUGUGACAUUGUUACAGCUCCAGCCUUUGCUCUCCUGCUCGAAUUCAUGUAUGAAGGGAAACUCCAGUUUAAGGAUCUGCCCAUUGAAGAUGUGCUUGCAGCUGCCAGCUAUCUCCACAUGUACGACAUUGUGAAAGUCUGCAAAAAGAAACUGAAAGAAAAAGCCACAACAGAGGCAGACAGCACAAAAAAGGAAGAAGAUUAUUCAAGUUGUUCUGAUAAAGUAGAGAGCCUCUCAGAUGGUAGUAGCCAUAUGGCAGGUGACCUGGCAAGUGAUGAUGAAGAUGGUGAAGCUGAAAAGUUAAACAUUCUGCCUGUUAAAGGUGACUUGACAAAUGAAUCUGAGAACAUGUGGCUAAGAUUGUCCUCUGAUUCAGCAAGCAUUACUCAAAAUAAUGCAGAAUCUGAGAAACACGCAAUUUCUGGAAAAACAGUACCUAGCCCCUGCAGCUCUGCCGGCUCAUUGUCCGUGAGGUCUAACACUUCCAUGAGGGAUAUAGCAGACUCAGACUGUGUCCUGGACCUGUCUGUGAAAUCCAGUGUUUCAGGAACUGAACCGUUGAGCAGUUCAUAUUUCUCUUCACCGGAAACACUGAGAAACAGUCUGGUUCAGGUGAAAGUAGAAAAAGAAAUUUCAUGUGAGGAAAAUGACAUAGAUGCUACUGAAUAUGACAUGGAACACAGCACUGUGAAAGAAGGUGUAAGCUCUGAUGUAAGGACACAAUAUGAGUCAGUCCACCUGGGCCCUGUAAGGGAAGAUUCAGUCUUAAGAGAGUUGGAUCAUGAUGAAAAAGCAAGUGAUGAUGAAAUGAUAACUCCAGAGAAUGAGAGAGUUCAUAUAGAAGGUAGUAUGGACAGCAGUCUCCUUCCAUUUGUGUCAAACAUACUUAAUCCUGCAGGGCAAAUCUUCAUGUGCCCACUGUGCAACAAAGUCUUUCCAAGCCCACAUAUUCUACAAAUCCAUUUAAGUACACACUUUAGAGAACAAGAUGGCAUACGUAGUAAGCCCACUAAUGAUGUCCAUGUCCCUACAUGUUCCCUCUGUGGCAAAACAUUUUCCUGUAUGUAUACCCUUAAACGUCACGAAAGAACUCAUUCUGGAGAAAAGCCUUUCACAUGCACUCAGUGUGGAAAAAGUUUCCAGUACUCCCACAAUCUGAGCCGACACGCUGUUGUUCAUACAAGGGAAAAGCCACAUGCCUGUAAGUGGUGUGAGAGGAGGUUCACACAGUCUGGAGACCUAUACAGGCACAUCAGAAAAUUUCACUGUGAACUGGUAAACUCUUUAUCUGUUAAAAGCGAAGCAUUGAGCUUGCCUGGAGUGAGAGAUUGGACCUUAGAAGAUAGUUCUCAAGAACUGUGGAAAUAAAUAGAAUGUAUGUGCAUACACUCAUACAUGUCUUAGAAUGAUAUGUAUGCACGCAUACAUAUAUGUAGACAUAUGCACUGUCACUAUAUUUACCAAGGUAUUAGGUAUCCCUCCACGCAACCUAACUUUUUAAAUUUACAAGGAAAUGUUAAUUUUGGUAUGCAAAUAUAAAACGAGCCAUGUUGUUUGUAGAUUCUAAAUAUGAAUGUCUUAUUUAUCAUGCCUAUGGAAAAUGCUCAUACAACAUUUGAAAGCAUUUGUUUUCCUAAAACUAUAGUUGAAUAUCAGUGUUGCACUUUAGCAGAAUUUCAUAUCCCGAGUCUAUAAACUAAAUAAUGAGUUUAAAAGAUUUUGAGUUCAUUAGGGAGGGAACGGGGGGAGGGUGAUAUUUACUUUGCAGACAAUGAUCACUGGAAACUGUCAGGUUACAUUAUUUAAUUUUCACAUAAUACUCAUAUAUAGCAUUUCUGUGGUAAAAUUACUUUUUAAAGGGAAUGUUUCUAUUGCUGAAACAUAUCCUAUACCUCAUUAUUCUUAUAUUAACAAAAUAAAUGCUUUCCAUGAAUGCAUCCAUGUAGGGUGGAGUUGAAAUUGUUUUUCACAGUAUCUACAGUCCAUAGCAUUGUGGGUAAAAAUGGUAAGAGAUUGUGAAUUUUUAUGUGAAGACAAGAUUUGGGAUAAAUAAAAGGAUUGGGAAGCUAAAGAAGUAUUGAACUUGGCUUUAUAAUGUAUAUGUUUUGUAUAACUUAAAUUGAUGAGGUGGUGUCAAACAACUUGAAUGCUGCUUUUAGUUUACUCCUGUUAAUUAUUAACUUAACAGAACCGCAUGAAUAGUUUUUCAAUUAUUAACAUUGCAUAUUUGCCGGAGAGUUAAGUUGAAAAUACGUUCUUUAAAAGAAAUAUGCUGUUAACAUUGCAACUGAAGAUACUGUAAGCAAGUGCACUGUGUUGUGUGUGUGUUUUCAUUUUAUUUAUUUUCUCUAUUCAGGUAAAUUGUGUCCACACUGUAUGACAAUUUUAUCCUGCAUACCUUGCUUCAAGGAAAAUACACCUGUUUACAGUAUGUGUGCAGCAUUCUUUAGUAAAGAAAAUCCUCUGCAUCCAAGCAAAACAGAAUAUUGAAUAUGGCACUUCAUUAAAAAACAAAUAACAUUCUUUAAAUUAAAAGAAAAAUUGUAUUCUCAUUUGACAACUUUACUUGAAUUAAUAGUCAAUAUGAUACAGAUAUAUGCAGUCAUAUAUGUCCAAGCAGUUUGGUGCCUGGUUACUUAAGCAAUUUGUAAGUCAAGAGAAUACAUUUCUAUUACACAGUUUCUUUGGUAAAAGUACAGUAUAGAUGUAAUAGGAUACAAGUAUGUAAAAAAAAAAAAAAAAAAAAAAGGAUCUAUUUUUCUUCUGGUGUUUUCUUUCCAUUUAUUUAUUUAUUUAUUUAAAAAGGAACACCUCAAGUAUUAUACAGUGGUUAAGGUAAGUGCCAUUUCCACUAAGUGUGCUGCAUUUUGAUUAUUUCAUCAAAAUUACUGCUAGAAUGAAAAGUGCAGACUCAUGUCAUUUCAGCAUUGUUUAUGUACUUGAAGUUUUUAUAUCAAUAAUUUAUUAAGUCAUUUUCAUUGAAUAAUACAGAAAAGACAAUCAAUGACAAUGUAUAGGCAAUGCUUUUUUUUUCCUUUGCUUUUAUUUAGCAUUUUAAAGUUCGCUCUUUGUGAAUAUUACGUUUAAGAAUAAGGCCGAUGUCUAGCUUUGACAAUCACUGUAUGCUUUGUUUUCCAGAAAAGGGGAGGGUAAUUUAUUAUACUGUUUUAAUUUUGUACUUUGUGUGUGUUCAGUACAUUUUUAAACUGUGUGCAAAUUUCAAUAAACUAUAUACACUGGAAAAAAA